AUGGGGCGCCAGCCGAGACAGCGGCCCAUUUCCUGCAAGCUGUGUAGGCAGCGCAAGCUACGGUGCAGCCGCAUCUUCCCCUGCUCUAAUUGUACUUGCCGUGGGCUCGUCUGCGAGCAUGAUGGGCCUGUAACGGCGCAGGCGUCGGCGCCAAGAUCAAGUCUCGCGGCUAGCUCUAGUGCCAACGGUUCUGUCGCCGCGCCCGACCACGAUGAUGCGAACAUGCGAAUGGCCGAAGAGGGCCAGUCAGCGGCACCAAAAGAUGUCCCCAACGCUGAGCUGCUGGCACGCCUGGAGAAACUUGAGGCGCUCAUCGCUGCCCAGAACAGAGAGGGCAUGUUGAAUAAACCAGAACCCACUGCUUAUUCAGAAGCACCCGCGCCGAACCAGCCCUCCGCUGUGGCGUCGCCAAUGUCGCCGCAACUUCAAAAGUUAACUGAUGACGCGCUGUGGCUCGAAAGGUCGUUUACAGGUCAACCCAUGCUGGAACCGCUUUGUGACCCAAUCUCUUUCCGCACUUGUCCUGUGCGCCGCAUAGUGAAGCAAGGCAGCUACGUGCUACAGAACGACCCUUCUGCGCCCUCGUUUGGUUCCGGAGAGGUGACGAGAUGUAUCUGGCUGCCCCGCCGAGACGAAGCCCGCAUCAUCGCGCACAAGUACAUAUCCGAUAUAUACGACUGCGUUGACAGCAACUCAACACUAGACAUUGGUCUAAUGACAAUGCUUCUCAGCAUGUGCGCCGCCGCGACAUAUACGUGGUCGCCGCAGGACGAUGCACGACUCCUCUUUGGGACCGUGGCGGAGGCCAGAGCUCAGGCUUUGUGGUGGGUGAAAGCCGCGCUCGAUGUCAUGGACCAUGCGCAACGUAUCGGGCACGCCUCUUUGGAGUGUAUCCACGGCAUGGUCAUUCUCUUCUAUGUCUUUUGCAAUAUCGAAGGCCUUUCCCCCCGUGCGAGGAGCCUCAAUUCCCGCUCAAUUUCCAUGGCCCGAGAACUAUCGCUACACCGUGUCGAUGCUCCGAGUAACCGUGAUGUCGCCGACAUGGGCAGCCUUCGACUUGAGAUGUCCAGAAGAACAUGGUGGUUUCUUGUCGCCACAGACUGGAUGGUCACACAAUUUGCCUUUCCCCAGGAAGGAUCGUUUACUAUCCAUCCAUUCCAUAUGAUGGUACGAAAGCCCUCUAAUGUCAAUGAUAUUGAUAUUGUUGAUAGUCAGCCUGUUAUCGGGCGGCCAUUGACAGAACCAACCGAUGCAUCUGCGUUGAUUUAUCGCAUUCGUCUAGCAGAGCUGUGCCAGAACAUGCUUGACAAAGACCGCGCCUACGCUUUUCAGGCACAGCCUGCUGAUCACAAAUUUGUCAUGGAGAUGGACAACAAAUUCAGAGUAUAUUUACGAGAGCUGCCGGAUUUCCUCUCCAUGGAUAGCACAAAUAUGCACACACUGUCUCCGUCGGAUCCGCGGCGAGAUCCGAAAAUCACGAUCCAGCGCUACACGCUGAAUUUACUGAUAUAUCGUCAUCUCUGCAAGCUACAUUUGCCAUUCCUCGCAAGGGGCUCUGUUGAGCAAUCAUAUUCAUACUCGUACGAAGCUUGUAUGGCAGCUGCUCGCAUGAUCAUCCAGACCGAAAAGCACCUGAAACUCGAGGAUCUUCCGUUUUCCAGCACAAGGCUGAGGUCCGUUGUCAUUCUUCGAAGUGUGUUUCUCGCCAGUAUUGCGCUCGUUCUCAACGCCUGCAUUGGUAGACAGACGGAAGAGACUCCUGCGAAUGACUCGCAUCUCGUUGAGGCUUGGCGCAUUAUGGAUGACGCCAAAGAUCAAUCCCCUAUCGGAGCAAAGCUUCUUGAUUUGUCUGUUCAGGUUUUGAAGCGACACACGCCAAAUCACCCAGCCCUGAAAAUGUUCACAGCGCUACCCGUCACAAUGCCAAUGACACCCGAUUCUGCGGGGCGAGAGGAGCAGCGCCGAAACAUGCCAUUCCAAGGCUUUGUUCCUGAGCCGGAAGCGUCAUAUAUGGAUCAGCAAUGGCAGGCGCUGGAAGGCCGAGUGGACCUCAACACUAUCGAUUUUGAUAAGCUAUUCUACGGGCUGGAAGCACCGUUCAUCUGA